AUAACAUGUAUGCAUAUGUUGCGAAUUUUAGUUGAAUCAAGAAACCAAAAUGGUUUGGGAGAUUAUCAAGAUCUACGUAACAAGGUACAGAUUGUCAACCAGACAAUCCAGGGCGUCAAGUCUGGCGGGGAUACUCAGAGGGACCGCAUGAACCAGAGGCUGACCAACAUAACAAAUAAGAUCCACCAGUUGUCCAUGACAACAGAUUCUUUACAAGAAGGGCUGAAAGCAGCUCCAGAAAUAAAGCAGAUAGCAAUGAAGGUUCCAGUGGUGAUAUCUACUGCAGCGAAGCUGGGAGUGAACGUGAAAUCCAUGCAGACCACAAUAAAUGAUUUGUUGGAAUUCAAGAAAAGCACUGAGACAGAGCUAAAAACAAUAACAGAAUCGAUGAGUGAGUCGGUGCCCACCUCCUCGCCUGGGGACUCUUCCAGCGUUGACCAAAACUUUCGCGAAGACACAUUGGAUAAAUUCGAAACUAUGAGCCAGACGUUGGCCUUUGUGAACAGUUCCUUGUGGAGUAAGAUGGACCAUCUCCAGCAGGACUUCUUACAAAGACAGACAAAGUUCAUGGAGAAUGCUACCAGCUUCCUGAAGAUGAAAAUGCAGAAGACGAGUGAUCCUGAUUUUGUAAUGAGUGGAGGCACACCUGCCCCUGGUGGCAGAGAAGGGGGAAACAAUGAAGGGAUGAAUGAGGAGUUCAUGGAUCAAAUGGAGGCUAAAGUUCACGACAUAGUACACCAGAUGAUUGUGGAUAUGGAGCUGAUGAACAGAACUGAAGCAGAUUCUAAAGCACUGGACUCGCUACUCACAAAAAUGGAUAAUGUCACAGCCAUCGUAAAGACAUUGAGAGACCAGUUUGAUAAG